AUGGCACCAGGAGUGGAACCCUCCGAACUACCAGAGGUUAUUCCUCAGGCCAAGAAAGACAGUCGAAAGACGAACAAAGAGACAUCAGUGCAUGACAUCCACAAGGGAGAGCCUCAGUCUUCCUCUACACCUGGCUCGGGCUCAGGCUUCCGACAACAAACUUCUAAUUCUCCUGUGGCCGUCAGACCCGAUGAGUUCGAUUACUUGCACGCCCCUCGUGGCGCUUUCAAGUGCGCUUUGUGCCACCAGUGGCAUACGAAGAGAUGCCCGUGGUUGAUUAACUAUUGA